UACGGUCACUCUGAACAUCUCCGCCAUUUUAGCUGUAGCUGCAGAAAAUUUUUCGCAACAUAGUCGAAAAGAAGCUGUGUUGUUUAUAAUGUAUAUACAAUAUAUGUGAAUAACGCAUAUUUAUAGCAGCAAAAUACAAAGUGUUACUUGACAACUACGGCCAUUACUUACAUUUAUACGUACGCCGCACGCCGGUGGCAGCUUGUUCGACUGUACGAGCGGCUUGUGAUUGUGUGCGUGUGUUUUUGAAAAGGGGAGAAAAGUGUGCACGGCACCGCUAAAUAAGUUGGUCGCGUGCGUUUAAAAUCAAUUUUUUUUCUUCGUCCACUUAACGUUCACGCAACCAUGGCCGACGGCGUGGUGCUGGACUUAUAUGCCGAAGAUCUGGACAAAGAUUUUGUCGGGCAAGUAAAGGAUGAAUUUUGCAUAAAGGAUGAAUUUGGUGGCGACGGUGUCGAUUUAUAUGAUGAUAUCGGCGGCCCCACUGAGCCAGCUACUGCGGGCGGCGGCUGCGGUGGUGGCACCCCAACGGGCGAAAACUCUUCUGGACCCGGAUCCGUUGACGGCUCCUCGAACAUCGGACCGAAUGGAGUUUACCAUCAGGGCAGUGGUAGCCAAACUCCAACGAUGAACCGACGCUAUCAACUAUAUGUGGGCAAUCUGACCUGGUGGACAACCGAUCAGGACAUCUCGAAUGCAUUGCGCGAAAUUGGUGUCAACGAUCUGCAGGAGGUCAAAUUCUUUGAGAAUCGUGCGAAUGGUCAAUCCAAGGGCUUCAGCGUCAUUUCGCUCGGCUCGGAACCGAGCCUCCGCACCGUACUCGAUCAGCUGCCCAAAAAGGAGAUGCACGGCCAGACCGUGGUAGUCACGUAUCCGAGCAAGCAGGCUCUCACGCAAUUUGAGAGCCUGCAAAAGACACGUCCAGUGCCGCCGCCGCAGCAGAAUGGACCACCACGUGGUCCUGCACCACCCAAUAUGGGUGGGCCGAUGCCGCCGCAUCCGGGCGUGCCUCAAGGUGGACCGCCCGGUCAUGCACCACGCAUGAAUCCCAGCAUGCAGCCUGGCCAAUACCGGCCACAUAUGUCCCAGGUGCCGCAGGUUGGACCCAAUUCUGGACCUCCACGCAUGCAGCCGCCAAUGCAUCAACAAGGCGGCCCAAUGGGCAACCAACAGCCGCCUCCCAGGUAUCCGCCAGCGCAAGGUCAAUGGCCAGGUCAACGUCCCGGUGGACCCCGACCGGGUCCACCAAAUGGACCACUGCAACGACCACCAAUGUUCCAAGGUCCAAUGGGAAUGCCAGUGCGUGGUCCGGGGCCGGGUCCGGACUGGCGUCGUCCGCCAAUGCAUGGGGGCUUUCCACCCCAAGGGCCCCCGCAGGGUCCACCCCAUAUGCAGGGUCCUCCACGUCCGCAAAUGGGUCCUGGUCCACCGCCCGGUUCGGGUGGACCACAUGGCGCACCAGCACCGCACGUGAAUCCAGCAUUCUUUAAUCAACCCGGCGGUCCGCCGCCGCAUCCAGGCAUGGGUGGGCCACCACACGGUCAGCCGGGACCACAGCCGGGCAUGAAUAUGCCGCCACAGCACGGACCUCCACCUCAUUUUGCACAGCAGGGUGGUCCACGCAAUCCAUGGCCAGGACCACCACAAGGCAAACCGCCAGGAUCGUUCCCUGAUCCGCAAAUGGGACCGCAGCUCACGGAGGUUGAGUUCGAGGAAGUCAUGAGCAGAAAUCGCACGGUCAGCAGCUCGGCAAUUGCCAGAGCUGUUUCGGAUGCUGCGGCUGGCGAGUAUUCGAGCGCCAUUGAGACGCUAGUUACGGCCAUUUCCCUGAUCAAGCAAUCCAAAGUGGCGCACGAUGAGCGCUGUAAGAUAUUGAUCAGCUCACUGCAGGACACGCUGCACGGCAUCGAGGCCAAGAGCUACAAUCGUCGCGAGCGUUCGCGUUCACGGGAUCGCUCCCAUCGCAGUCGGCAGCGUCGCGAGCGAUCGACUUCACGCUAUCGAGAGCGCUCCCGCGAAAGAGAGCGUGAUCGCGAUCGUGAACGUGAACGGGAGCGUGAUGGAGGCAGCUAUCGGGAGCGUUCACGCAGUCGUGAACGCGAGCGUCAGGCGCCGGAUCACUACAGAGAUGACAGCAGCCGCUCCGCACGUCCACGUAAAUCGCCGGAGCCAGUGGUGGCCGAAGCUGCCGAAGCGCCGUCAUCUAAACGUUAUUAUGAGGAACGCGAACGUUAUCGCUCAUCGGAUCGGGAGCGGCGUGACCGGGAUCGAGAUCGUGAGCGUGAGCGCGAACGUGAUCGGGAUCGGCGUGAAGAGCAUCGUUCCAGGCAUUGACUGCUACACAAGCGAAAGCAAAACUAUUAACAACAUCGUACACACCCACACACACACACACCUCGUAGACACUCUUAUUAACACAUAACAAUGCAGAAAGCUGAAGGCCAGCCAGAAGAUUAAAAAAAAUUUUGAUUUGUUUCUAACAUUACCAAUACGUAGGAUAUAAAUAUGGCAUAACAUAGUUCUCCUAGACGUACUAAAGUAAGCCGAAAUGUUGACAAGUCUCGACAACAAUACAACAGACACACACACACACAAUCAAUCAACAGAUGGACUGCCACGCCCACACACAAAUCAACACCAUCGUCAUGAUCCUGCAUCUCCUGCACACAUCCCAACUUAAGAGUUGUCAGCGCGGGACAGGACGCUAGUGGACGGACAGCAGCAGCAGCAACAGACAGAAUGAACUUCAAUCUACAUUGUCGUCUUCACCGCAGAAUUUCAAUAUUAUUGUACUUUAAUAUUUCGGUUUAUUUAAUAAAAACAUAUAUAUAUGAAAACCAACAAAAAAAAAAAAACAAAAAAAAUUGUUCCAAAAAAAAAAAAUAAUACUCAAACUGUCUUGCGUUGCGUGUCUUCUUGUACCUUAUAAUAACAAAAAGAAAAUAGUUUACGAAUUGAUAUAUAUAUUUAAAUUGUACAACUACAACGCAUUUAUUCUUAAUAAUAUUGUUAUAUUAACACUUGCAUCUUUUGCAAUUUUGCAAAGCUUUUGCCAAAUGAGGCCAAGAAUCGUAAUAAGCGCAAUUGUAUUGAAAGACAUUAUUUUUUUGUAAACCAUUUGUUUCA